UUUAAUGAGGAAAAACCUUGCUAGGUACCCAUGGACACUGUCCCCAAAGCAGCCUUUGGACCCUGCACGUCACCCGAGUGUCCCCCAGGGGCCUUGUGGAAAGGAGAUUAAAAGGAGGGCUCUCGCCUAGUGGAGUUACAGGAGGUUUAUCCUGAGGAGAGCUCUAAUUUUCGAGGUUUGUGGAGCGGGCACGUACAGGACUGUGAGCAACUCAGGCUGGCGCCCAUGAGGCUCUACACGCUCUCCAAGCGCCACUUUGUCCUUGUAUUCGUGGUCUUCUUCAUCUGUUUUGGCCUGACUGUCUUCGUUGGGAUCAGAGGACCCAAAGUGAUCCAGACUUCUGCAGCAAAUUUUUCACUUAAUAAUAGCAAAAAGCUAAAGCCAAUCCAAAUACGUUCAAAUCCGCUGUCUACGUAUAAUCAGCAACUAUGGCUGACAUGUGUUGUCGAAUUGGAGCAAUCAGAAGAAACUUCCAUUCAGACAAGCUUUCCCAUGACUGUUAAAGUCAAUGGCGUGGCUCAAGAUGGAACUAUGAUGUACAUUCAUAACAAGAUUCACAAUCGGACAAGGACCCUCACAUGUGCGGGGAAAUGUGCAGAAAUCAUUGUGGCUCACCUUGGCUACUUGAACUAUACUCAGUACACAGUAACUGUGGGAUUUGAGCACCUGACUCUCCCUGUCAAGGAGAUGAACUUCACGUGGAAGACAUACGACCCUGCAUUUUCCCAGUUGGAAAUUUGGUUCCGCUUUGUCUUUGUGGUGCUCACCUUCAUUGUCACUUGCCUGUUUGCACAUUCCCUGCGCAAGUUCUCCAUGAGAGACUGGGGCAUUGAGCAGAAGUGGAUGUCUGUCCUCCUGCCACUGCUGCUACUGUACAAUGACCCGUUCUUCCCUCUCUCCUUCCUGGUGAACAGCUGGUUCCCAGGGAUGCUGGACGAUCUCUUCCAGUCUGUGUUCCUGUGUGCUUUGCUGCUCUUCUGGCUGUGUGUGUACCAUGGGAUACGGGUCCAGGGAGAAAGAAAGUGUUUAACUUUCUAUUUGCCUAAAUUCUUCAUUGUUGGACUAUUGUGGUUGGCUUCUGUUACGCUAGGAAUAUGGCAAACAGUUAAUGAAUUGCAUGAUCCAAUGUACCAGUAUCGAGUGGACACCGGAAAUUUUCAGGGAAUGAAGAUUUUCUUCAUGGUGGUAGCAGCUGUGUACAUCCUGUACCUCUUGUUCUUGAUAGUACGGGCAUGCUCAGAGCUCCGCAACAUGCCCUAUGUGGAUCUCAGGUUAAAAUUUUUGACUGCGUUGACCUUUGUAGUGCUUGUUAUUAGCAUCGUCAUCCUUUAUUUGAGAUUUGGAGCACAAGUAUUGCAGGACAACUUUGUAGCAGAACUGUCAACUCAUUACCAGAAUUCAGUGGAAUUCUUAUCCUUCUAUGGCUUGUUGAACUUCUAUCUGUACACUUUGGCCUUUGUGUAUUCUCCAUCGAAGAAUGCUUUAUAUGAGUCCCAGUUGAAAGACAAUCCUGCAUUUUCCAUGCUCAAUGACUCUGAUGACGAUGUGAUUUAUGGGAGUGACUAUGAAGAAAUGCCACUGCAGAAUGGCCAAGCUAUUCGGGCCAAAUACAAGGAGGAGUCGGACAGCGACUAAGCCCCGGGCCCUGGGCAGGACUCAGGCCAGGUGCCUGCCUUCCCUCUGGGACUGUGUCCUGGCCUUCCUCUCUACCUGCUGAUGUUCAGACUUUUCUUAUAGGCACAAGUUUCCUGCUCCUUAUUUGUUUACAUAUUUUACAAAGAAAAACCAAACCAGAAGGCAAACUGAACAGUUGGGCCAUAUGUUGUCAUAGUGGCUCUGUCUGGGAAGAGAAGUUGAUAAAAAGUUAAAAAGCCAAAUCCUUUUAUUUGAUUUCAGAUGAGAGGGUAUGCUUUCAGUGGCACAGAAAAAAUUUUUCGUAGAAUCUGAGUUUUAUAUUAUUUCUUUUAAAAAAACAAUUCACUAAUUUCAGGCCCAUGAACUGUGAUGUCCACCAUGGCAGCAUUACCCUUCUUUCUUUCUGCCUUUCCUCUCUUCCCCACUAUACUGUUUAGUUUUGUAUUUUGUUUUUAACACUCCACAUUCAAAGAGAAGCCUGCUUUUCUGUUGCUGCCUCUAGUGGGCAGUCCUUGCCAUCAGGUGGUCAGUACACACGCAGUGAUGACAUUGACUGCAUUUGGUGAGCCAUGUAAGGGUGUCAAGGAGAAUGGCAGUUGGCCAGGCUCCAGCCCUUCCCUAUCCAGGAAGCUGAAGUGAUAGUGCCAUGGUGAUCCAAGGAGGGUUAGCUAAGCUGAAUGGGGCAGGCUGAGAUAACGCACAAGUUACCAGGUCUGUGGACAAGGUCUUGUGCCAUGGUGCUUCCCAAGGCUCUGUGCAAGUUUGUGCAUGUACAUGAAUAGAAGCACAUUUCCUGUGGCUGAAGGGGGCAGUAGUGUGUGGACACAGGUAGAUUCCUGUUCCAGUGAAUAGUAGUUUCUGCAACUCUGUUGGACACAAAACCCCAUAGAACUUUAUUUUUUUUAAAAUAAAAGCUACAUGAAUUAUUAUUACCGAUUCUUCAUUGCCAGAAAUGUUUUUCAGUUUUCAUAUUUGGAAACUAGAUGAAAAGAAGGUAAAACAUUGUAAGUGUCUAUGUAUAGAGGUAACGUCUUUGGAAGUCAUUUCCUAUCCUUGGUGAGUCCCACAGGGAUCAGGUGAGUAGAUGGGUCAUUUUGCAACAGAAAGAUCUUUCUGGCACUGGUGAAGCACGGGCAUCAGAGAAGGGCCCGAGAGUGCAGCUCCUUGUCAGACUCCAGAUAGUUUCCUCCAUUCCUCCCUGGCCAUGCACAACAGUGUCUCUGUUAAUGCAGGGUAACUAGCUUUCCUGCCUGCUGCCUUUUUGGUGAAAGAGGCCUACAGGGACUUACUACAUUCACUCCAUCUGUGCUCCAACUCAUUUCUGAGCUGCAUUGCAGGUGGUGCCCAGACCCUAGAGAUGCUUGUGAGAGACCAUUCGUGAUGACUUCCUGUCUUUUUAAUGAUGAUAUACUUUAAUAUUGAUUCCAUUUACAUUUGUUUUAAAAACCUUGUAAAUAUGAAUGUUUGAAAGAAAACUUUAUAACUGCAAGGGUAAUUCAAGUUUACAUGAUUUUUACAUUUGCAAUGCUGUGAUGACUUUUUGAUUCUGUGUACUCAAGCGGUAUUCAAAAAAUUUUCUGUUACCAAGUUUUUACAACUUCUAAGACUACUUGUAAAUAAUUUUAUGUAUACUGAGGAAGACUGACUUGUGCUGAUUAACAUUCUAUUAUGUGGCAUAAUUGACAUGUUUUAAUCAUUAUAAAAGAAUCAUCAAUGAUUUGAAAUGCUGUUGUUUUAUCAGUAAAUGUAAAGGUAUGUGAGGCAUUUAUCCAGACCUCAGAACUUUUAAAAACUUUGUUUUAUAGUGUAAUUAUAAACUCAAGACCAAGUGUCCUCAUACUUUGAUUUUUAGUAACAUCAGUGAUAUAAAAAAUGGGUGUAUUUUUGUUGGAACAAGAAAAAAUUUACAAAGAAAGCACAUAAAGGGAUAAUUAUUAAACCAUUCAUUUCUAAUUUUUAAUCUACAAUGCAUCAUGUAUAUUACAUACUCUAUGUAAAAAGUUGCUUACAGAGCAUUUAGCAUGUAGAAUAUAUCCCAUAGGCAUAGGUUAAAACACUAAAGUCUGCCAGAAACUGAUAGUAAUAAGAAAAUUGUAGUGUUUUAAGGUAUUGUAGUUUGCAACCUUAAAUUGUAAGUUCAAAGGGCUGACUCUAGUUCUUUCAUGGUAAUAGCUUGAAUAACUAACAUCAUCUUUGGGAUUCUUUUAUAUUGGCCCAGUUUAGGGGAACCUAGAUGACAAACAGAGCAAUUUUAUAGUUUCCCUAGGGAGAGCUUCAUUAUCCACAUGGAUAAUAGAUCUGCUUGAUUUAUUAUUAAAUCAUUACAGUGUGAGGUGGUGGCAUUUUCUCUCAAGCCCCAUUUGAAAGGGUACAGAAGGCAAUAUAUACAAUAUAUUUAAGUCUUGGAAGGCGAUCACUGUACAUAACUGCAAUAAGUAAACCCACCCCACUGGAUAGGUUACAAGACAAAUGUCACCAGCCUUAGUAUUUUAUGAACUAUAUAUAUUGAAGGCACAGUUAUGAUAGUUUAUAAUAUGGCCAGUAGCAUUUCCUGAAUUAUUUUAAGGAGAAACUGGGCAUCCAUGAAGGGGAUAAUUAAAAGGAACUUCUCUAUGAACAUUUAAGACACUAAAGUGUAUUUGUGGACUUUGAAGGUUUUAGAAACCUGUUGCCUU